AUGUUCUCAGGCAAAGAUGCGGUCAAUCCUGCAUAUCCCACGCAGUGGGCCUUAAAUCCAACUGCUUAUCAAAAUAUAGAUACUAGUCAAGUAGACUGGGCUGCCUUAGCUCAACAAUGGAUAGCAAUGAAGGAAGCCGCGGCAGUUGUUACUAUACCACAACCACCUCCAAAACCAGAUUUAGAAGGUGGUGAAGCACCAAUGGAAGUUGAAAAUCCUGAGGCCAAUUGCGAGAGCGUCGGCCCUCCUGGAGCUGAAUGGAAUGCUACAACGAAUUCGUGGGGAAAUUCAUGGAAUCAGUGGGGAUGGGGUUGGAGUGGUGCUGAACCAAAAAUGCAUGGGGACCCUUCAAUGCCCAUGGCACCAAUGAUGGAUGGGUAUCCGGGACCUCCUGACAAUGCUACUGCUAUGCCAGGAUACACUACAGGAGCAGUGGCAGCACCAACAUUCCAACAUGGUUACUGGACAGCUCCUCAGGGAGAUCAAAAUAUCAGUCGGGGUAACAGUAGAAAUCGUGAUCACAGGGCCAAGAGUAAGAAUAGGGACACUAAAAUAGUCAGAAGUAGGCCACAAAGAGACAAAAUCCCAUUGAUACCUCCAGUAAUAGAUCCUUUGACAAUUCCCGCAAUCGGUGGAGUGACAACUAUUGAUGCAGCUAAAAGAAGGCAGCUACCGGCGUGGAUAAGAGAAGGCUUGGAGAAGAUGGAGAGAGAGAAACAAAGGGCAAUUGAGAGGGAGCAAGAACUAAAAGAGCGGGAGGAGGCAGAAAAAGAGAAGAAGCGAUUAGAAGAGGAAGAACUUGAGCGAAUGAAAGCAGAAGCCAGUGGACAGCCGAUGUUACCAGCUAAGAGCAAAUUUGACUCCGAUUCUGAAAGUGAGGAAACUACUAAAGAAACAGACGUCGCACAGGAACCAGAAGAAAGUGUUGAAGAAAAGAAAUCAGAAGAGGUAUCAGUGAAGGUGGAGGAGGAAAAACCAACAUUAGCCAAGAAAAGCAAGGAGGAAAUUAUGCAGGAAGUGAUGUUUGCCGUGCGACGCUCGCUAACCGAGAUCCUACUGGAGGUGACCGACCAGGAGAUUCAUACGGUGAGCCAGGAAGAAUUGGCCCGAUAUAACGCCGCACAAGCGUCGCGUCUCAACGCCAUGAAAGCAAGCAAGUCCAAGGCGCUCGCCGCUAUCGCCAGUGGUCUCGGGCUGGGCGCUUACGAGAGCAGCAGUGACAGUAGCGGCGACGAGGAAGACCAGAGGGACCUCUCCGACCAGCAGUUGCAGGACAUCAUCAAGCGCAAGCGGUUGGAGUUCGAGCGAACGGCCAGGGACAUCGAAGCAGAAGUGAGGAGGGCGGAGCUCAGGGAGAACGCGGAGGAGCCAACCACGCCGGUCACCACGCCCGAGAGGCCGAGAAGAUCGCGUUCUUCGGCAACGCCGCCGCCGGUGGACAGCGAGACGCCCGAAAAGGGUCUCGAGCGGCGGACGUCGAGGGACAAGAGGAGCAGCAACCACAAGCCGAGCGAGAAGGGCGACGGUAUGAGACGGCUGGCGACCAUACCAGAGGAGAGAGCGAAAAAGACCACCCGCUACGAGAACACGCCGAGCCCCAAGCUGAGAGCGUCCAGCGACAAGGACAGCAGCAGUUCCAGCUCGAGCGACUCGGACGACUCCUCUUCCUCCAGCGAUUCGUCCUCGGACAGUGACGACGAAAUCAAGGCGAAGUCUAAGAGGCGCAAGCGGCGCAGCUCGAGCGACGGCGACACCCCCAAGAGGUCGAAGCGGGCCAAGCGUAAGGGGUCGCAAAGGUCGGACAAGUCGAGGCGCGGCGAGGCUGCGAAAGCGCACCCGCAGAGGCGGGACCACCAAGACAGGCACAAGUCCUCCAAGAGCGAGAAGUCGCACAAGGACAAGUACAGGGAGGAGUCGGAGGACGAGAGGCCGAGGAAGCGGUCGAGGCGCUCGGUCAGCCACGAGUCGCGCUCGGGCCGCAGGAAAGCGUCCAGGGAGCGGUCGGAGGAGAGGCCGCGGAGGCGCGACAAGAGGUCGCACGGCAGGGAGAGGUCGCGCGACAGGCAGAGGUCGCGCGACAGGCUCGGCCGCGACUACGACAGGCACGACAAGCACGAUAGAUCGGAUGUGAGGCGACCGCGAGCUGCGAGCUGCGGAGCCAGAGAUGAGGACACUGCAUCGCAUACCAAGGCGAAUUGUCCCGCGUGGACCACCUUCUGUGAGAAAGUAAUAGUCCAUAAAGAGGCUGCUGAGCGAGAGAGAGAGAGGCGACGGAUCCUGGCUCCCGGAUGCUCGUGCAUCACGUCAUGGUCCUUUAAAUAU